GUACUGGUAGCCAGGCAGAGCCACACGGUGCCAUCCAAUCAGAUCACAGUGGUCCAGAACGGGCGCAGGCAGCGUAUACACGGAGUGACAGCGACAGGAUCUGGAGGAACAACAUCACGGAGCUUCGGUGGAAACAGCUCAGCUCCCGCCGCCAAGAUGCCCAACAAAACCAAGAAGGAGAAGGAAUCGACCAAAUCUUCCAAAAGCACGAAGAGCAAUAGCAACACAAGCAGUGGGAAAGAGAGUUCUGUACAAGAUAAUUCAGAUGAGUCCCAGCAGCAGCAGAGUGGUAGUAAACGUCCCAGUAACAGCACGCCUCCUCCCACCCAGCUCAACAAGAUCAAAUAUUCUGGAGGACCCCAGCUGGUCAAGAAGGAGCGGCGCCAGAGCUCGUCCCGCUUCAGCCUCACCAAGAACAGAGAGCUGCAGAAGCUGCCUGCGUUGAAAGAUGCCCCGCUCCUGGAUCGUGAAGAGCUGUUUGUCCAGAAGCUGCGUCAGUGCUGUGUCCUGUUCGAUUUUGUCAGCGACCCACUGAGUGACCUCAAGUUCAAGGAGGUGAAGAGGGCGGGGCUUAAUGAGAUGGUGGAGUACAUCACACAUAACAGCGACGUGGUGACAGAGUCCAUUUACCCUGAGGCCGUCAUCAUGUUCUCUGUGAACCUGUUCCGGACUCUUCCUCCAUCCUCAAACCCGACUGGAGCAGAGUUUGAUCCUGAAGAGGAUGAGCCGACACUGGAGGCAGCCUGGCCUCACCUGCAGCUGGUGUACGAGUUCUUCCUUCGCUUCCUGGAGUCUCCGGACUUUCAGCCAAACGUUGCCAAAAAAUACAUCGACCAGAAAUUUGUCCUGUCGUUGCUUGACCUCUUCGACAGUGAAGAUCCCAGAGAGCGAGAUUUCUUGAAGACAAUCCUGCACAGGAUCUAUGGGAAGUUCCUGGGCCUACGUGCCUACAUACGCCGGCAGAUCAACAACAUCUUCUACAGAUUCAUUUAUGAAACUGAGCAUCACAAUGGCAUUGCUGAGCUCCUGGAAAUACUGGGGAGUAUCAUCAACGGCUUUGCUCUCCCACUCAAAGAAGAACACAAGAUGUUUCUGAUCAGAGUUCUUUUGCCACUUCACAAAGUCAAGUCUCUGAGCGUCUACCACCCCCAGCUAGCGUACUGUGUGGUCCAGUUCCUGGAAAAGGACAGCAGUUUGACAGAGCCGGUGAUCAUGGGUCUGUUAAAGUUCUGGCCAAAAACUCACAGUCCAAAAGAGGUGAUGUUCCUGAACGAGCUGGAGGAGAUUCUGGACGUCAUCGAGCCAUCAGAGUUUGUCAAAGUCCAAGAGCCGCUCUUCAGACAGUUGGCCAAGUGUGUGUCCAGCCCACAUUUCCAGGUGGCAGAGCGAGCAUGAUAUUACUGGAAUAAUGAGUACAUCAUGAGUCUGAUCAGUGACAAUGCUGCCAAGAUUCUCCCCAUCAUGUUUCCUGCUCUCUACAAGAACUCCAAGAGCCACUGGAACAAGACGAUCCAUGGUCUCAUCUAUAAUGCUCUGAAACUUUUCAUGGAGAUGAAUCAGAAGCUGUUUGAUGACUGUACACAACAGUACAAGGCCGAGAAACAGAAAGAAAAAUAUAAACUCAAGGAGAGAGAUGAGAUCUGGAACAAAAUAGAAGAUCUGGCCAGACAGAACCCACAGAGAAAUAAGCUCCACCCACUCCGCCCUGGACUCCACCCACAUGAUGAGUACCUGUUGUACAGUGAUAGUUCUGUAGCUGUGUAUUCCAUGGAGACAGAGACUCCAACAGCAGAAGACAUUCAGCUGCUGAAGAAGACAGUGGAGACUGAGGCGUCACAGGGUGUGAAGGAUCUGAAAGACAAAGUCCUGAUGAGGAGGAAGUCAGAGUUGCCACAGGACGUCUACACCAUCAAAGCUCUAGAGGCUCACAAGAGAGCUGAGGAGUACCUGACAGCCAAUCAGGAGGCUCUCUGACCAGGGGAGGCACUCCCUCUAAACCCAAGUUCGCCCCUCCCUAAUGUCCGUCUCCCUGGGGAGGAGGUCGGAGGUGCCGUCUUGGUCUGAGGCCAGGUCAGGGUGGAGCUGACGGAAAAAGCUGUGGAAGCUCCGCCCCCUCAGGCCACGUUGCCUCCCACUCCUGCUGCUCUUUGUUUAAACCGCACGAUGCUGUUUACACAUGUACAUCAGGUCCCUGGAAGCCCUGCAGCUUUUGGUUCUGCUGAGCGAGGGGCUAAGGACCACAGACAUCAGAUCCUUGUCCACCUCGCCACCGAAGAACGUGCAGCAGAACUUGGACCUGUUACAUUGAACUCAGCUUCAAUCCAGAGCCCUGCCCCUCCUCCCCCCUCUUCGCCAGUUCGCAGGUGGACUGACGACCACGACGAGACACGGUGAAUGUAGACAUCCAGUCAGCUUCCAGAGAAUUCUGGAGGAACCAUGUGACUUUACUCUUUCCUUGUUGAUGUUUACAUCAAUGCUGUCAAGUUUAGACCAAUGAGAGCAGGAUCCACAUCAGUGUUGUUUUGUCCCUUAUCACCUGAACUGUAGAUGGUAGUUGCUAUGGACCAGGUCAAAGGUUUAAACACAGAGUGGACAAGGACCAUGUUGUGGUUCUGGAGGCCAAGGUGCCCUGACGCUGCCCUGAGGCCUGUACGUCAUGGUGGCUCCUCAGUUAAGGGGCCCAGCUGCACUGUGUUUUGAGUUUUAAAACCGCCCGUUCAUCUGAAGCUGAACCAAUGAAAAUGUAUCAUUGAAACAUUGAAAUCAUCACUCUUGUAUCAGGAAGUAACGUUGUACCAAACACUUUUUCACAGUGGAAUCGCUCAUUUACUUCCCGUUGCCUUUGGCCUAUCCGAUCCCGCUGCUUCUUUAAGGUCGAGGUCAAGGUUGGCAGGAACAAUCACUAAAGUGGGCGGUUCUACUGGGGAUACAGACAGAUUAUGCCCGUAUUUUGGCCACAUUCUCUCCGUUUCUAUUGUUUUCUUUGUGAUUCCUCAUGUGAUGCGGCGCAUGUCUUUCAGAAAUCAACUUUGUCAAAGAACACACUGCUGGACAAAAUUGGCAGCAACAACUAAAGUCAAAUUAUACGAGACAGUCUGCCCUCUGCUGGUUAAAGGUGAAACACCACAGUUUGACAUAUGGUCCAACAGUUGCCAUGUGGAGCAAAAAA